AUGCUUUAUUGGUUUUCAACAUUAUGUUACUCCAAGAUUGGUUAUGAUUUACAAGUGGAUAGAAAUGGUAUAACAUCAAAUAUUCAGAAUGUUGGGUGGGUUGAUAAUCCAAAUCCUCCUUUAACAGAUAAUUAUGCAGGCUGGAUUGGAAGAAAUUUUGGUCUAACAUAUGCAAACGGUCUAAAAUUAAAUGUUGACAGAGAUCAUUCAUGGAGAUCAGUUUUAAAACUUCCGAAUGAAGAAUUAAAAACUUACGCAUUUAAAAACGGAGAACUUGAUGAAGAUGGAAUAACAGGAAAAACAGUGUUUGAAUAUAUUACAAAUGACACUGUAAGAAUUAAGUGGAUUAUUAACAAUACAAAUAAUGAAGAUAAAAUUUAUGACUUUGGACAUUUUUAUGAUGUUAACAUGAAUGGUGACGAUAACGCUGCUCUGAUACCUAUGGAAGAAGGUAGAGGAUUUUUCAUGGAAUCAGGUGAUUAUAAAUUAGCAUUAUAUGUCAGAAAUGCAUAUGGUGUUUCAAAUGUUGAUGCAUUCUUUUAUGGACCACAAAAACAAUGGGGUUAUUUCUGGCUAAAUGAAGACAAUAUUGAUAAAUCACUCACACCUGGAACAUAUGACUCGCUCUUUUGUUUUUCAUGGAGAAAUAGACUAAUCGAAGCUCAUGAAGUUCAUGUUUACUCAAUAGUUCUUGGAGCUGGUUUAGAUUUGCAUCUUCCUCCUGAUUUUUAUUUCACUCAAAGAAAGGAAUUGUAUAAUGUUGGUGAAGAAAUUAUCAUUCGCGGAAAAUAUGAAGCAGACGCUGUUAAUAGCGAAUUAACCCUAGAAUAUCAAAUUGAUGACAUGCCAACUGAAACACUCCCCCUGUUUCGAGUUACUGAACAGGAAAAAGGUAAAGAUUUUAGUAUUACUGUAAAUCCAGAACAAAAUAAAAGAGGCCCAUACAACAUCAGAGUGAAAGUUUCUGAUCAAUAUGAUCAAGAGUUCUCAGAUACUAUUAGCUUCGUGGUAAAUAGUCCACCAACUUACACAUUAACAAAUACAAUAAAUACAGCAUAUGAAAAGGGAAAACAAAUCCAAGUUAAAGGAAAUCUUAAUGAUGAUUCAAAAGCAAAAGUUCAAUAUAAGCUAGACAAUGGAGAGUUUGUUAAGUUAGAAUAUGUAGUUUCAAACAGUCAGCCUCAAGAAUUCAAUUUCGAGAUUGAUACUGCUUCAUUAUCUUUAGGACAACAUACACUUGUAAUCUCAUCAAUUGAUGAGGAUAAUGCUGAACAAACAACACCAAUUACUAAAGAAUUCUAUGUUAGAUCAACUCCAAAAAUUAGUGAUGUAACAUUGGAUUCCCAAAAAUACGGAAAAUCUCAAGAAAUAGAAGUUACAUUUAGCAUUAACGACCAAGAUCCUGAUGAUGAAAUAACAAUUUAUGCCGUUUUUUCAAAUUCAGCUAAAAAGAAUAUUGGUAAGACAACGCCAAUAAUUGCUGGUAAGAAAUUGAAGUUCCAAAUACCUUCAGAUGUAAACAUUGGCUCAACCUCAAUAGUAUUUAGAGCUGUUGAUAAAUAUCAACUUUCAUCACAGUCUGAACCAAUUAAUAUUGAGAUUGUCACGACACCAGUAAUAACAAUUACAGGAACAGAUAAGAACGAUUAUGUCCCUGGAGAAACUGUCAAUGUAAACAUUAACGUUGAAGAUGCAAACGGAGAUGUCACUGUUUCUGCAAAAUUGCCAGGGCAAUCCGAACCAUCUGCAAUAACAAGAACAGGAAAUGGAGCUUCAUUUACAAUCCCUGAUAAUCUUGCACCAGGAACACAUGAUAUUGAAAUUCAGGUUAAAGACAGCAACGGUGUUCCAUCAGAACCGAAAACAAUCAAAAUCAAAAUAUAUGCAAAACCUGCUCUUGAAUGCAGAAGAACAGCAACAGAAACUGUAUAUACUGGUGAAGACUUUUCUGUUGUGUGCACAUUUAGCGAUCAAGAUGUUGGAGAUAGAAUUACAAUCAGAGGUAAAGCUGCUAAUAAAGACAUGGUAAAUGAGCAUUCAUUUGAUACAACUCCUCAAAAUCAUGAUGAAACAUUAGCAUUCACUCUUCCAGAAACAACAACACGGGGAGAUGUAAGUAUUGUAUUAACUGCAACAGAUUCACAUGGAUAUUCAACCCAAUCCUCUCCAAUUGUAAUCAAAUGUGAAGUCAGACCAACAGUGACUGACACUAGAACUGAUAAAAAUGAUUAUGCACCAGGGGAAACAGUCAAAAUAGCAUUCACAACAGCAAAUACUGAAGGAACUAUCACAGCAGAAGGAAAAUUUGAUGAUAAUGACACAAAAAUACCUAUUACAAAGACAGAUGAAGGAGGUAAAUUUAUGAUACCGGAAAAUCUUCCUCCAGGACAACAUACAUUUAAAUUUGUUGUCAAAGAUGAAAAUGGAGAUUUAUCAAAAGAAGUUGAUGUUCCAAUUACAGUUUAUGCAAAACCAUCGCUUUCUUGCUCAAGAUCAUCUUCACAAACUGCAUAUGCCGGAGAAGAAAUUCAAGUUUUAUGCAAUUAUGCUGAUGAAGAUAUCGGUGAUAAGCUCACAAUCAAGAUUAAUGUAGGAUCUCAAACUUUGAGUAAUGAAUACUUUUAUGAUAUUACUGAAGGGGAAAAAUCUGUAGUUGCAAUCCUUUAUUUCACAAUCCCUAAGAAUUCGGAAACAGGAGACCAAAAUGUUGUUUUUACUGCAACAGAUAAAUAUGGAUAUUCAGCCAAUUCAACAAUCAACGUAAACAUUGCAAAAAGGCCAACAAUUUCUUUAGGAUCUAAUGAUAAAGAUGAUUAUGCUGCAGGAGAAACAGUCAAUAUUGAAUUUAGAACAGAAAACACUCAUGGAGAAAUUACUGUUGAAGGAAAAUUCGAAGGAACUAGCGUAAAUAUUCCAAUUCAAAAGACAGAUAGUGGAGCUCAACUCACCGUCCCAGAAAAUACAGCUCCUGGAACUCAUAUUCUCAAGUUUGUUGUUAAAGACGAAGCAGGACAUACAUCAAAAGAAGUUAGAGUUCCAUUGACUGUCUAUUCAAGACCAAUGAUCAGUUGCCCAAGAGAAUUAAAAGAUCCUGUUUUCGUUGGUGAAGAAGUAUCUGUUGUUUGCACAAUUAGUGAUAAGGAUCAAGGUGAUAAAAUUACUGUUACUGGAAAGAUUGGUGGUGCAGAUAUCUCAGGUCAAUAUAUUUUUGAUGCAUCCGCUGAAGGUAAGAAUGAAAAUCUGAAAUUUACUGUUCCCGAAAAUGCAGAAACCGGUAAUAAACAGAUUAUUUUUACUGCAGUUGAUACUCACCAAUAUCGUUCUGAGUCAGCACCAAUUACAGUUACAAUUAUUAAAAGACUAGUUAUUAAUUUUGAGUCCAAUGAUAAGAAUAAUUAUGCCCCAGGAGAAAAAGUUAAAAUCAAAUUUUCAACAACAAACACAAAUGGGGAAGUAACAGCUAAUGGAAAAUUUGAUAAUACAGAAACCUCAGUUACAAAGACAGAAGAUGGUGCAGAAUUCACAAUCCCAGAGAAUACUCAGCCAGGAACACAUACUUUCACAUUAACAGUUAGAGAUCCUGAAGGCCAAGAAUCAAAGGAAGUUCCUAUUACCAUUAUCGUUUAUGCAAAACCAGUACUCAAACUUAAAGGUUUAGAUAAAGGAAAAUUAAUUCCUGAUGAAGAAUUUAUAGCUACAUGCAUUUUAAGUGAUAAAGAUAAAGGAGAUGAAGUUAAAAUUACAGUUACCGUUAAUGGAGAACCAGUAUCAGAUGCAUUUUCAUUCAGCACAACUCAAAAUGAAAAGGAAGUAAAACUGAAGUUCAAGAUUCCUGCAGGCACAUCUGUUGGAGGCAAAAGAUACAAUCUAAUUGCCACUGAUAAAUAUGGAUACAAAUCUGAACAAGUAUCAUUCACAAUUACCGUUGUAUCAAAACCAAAGAUCGUGUUUAAGAAUAAAGAUAAAGAAGACUAUAAUGCAGGCGAAAAUGUUACAAUGACAUUCACAAAUGAAAACACUGACACAACAAAUAAGAAAUUCACUGUUUAUGUCAAGGUAGGAGAUAAUGAACCAAGAGCAAUUCCAGUUGAAGUCCGUCCAGAAUUCAAUGUUUCCUUUGAACUUCCAACAAAUAUGAGUACAACAUCACCGGAUAUUUCUAUCUAUGUUGUUGACGAAAAUGGAAAGCCAUCUGAUCCGAUUUCAUUUAAUAACUUCAAUAUAAACAUGCCACCAAUGAUUGAACUUCUCGAAUUCGAGAAAGAAAAUUACGUUGGUGAGGAAGAAUUAGUAAUAAUGUAUAGAAUUUAUGAUCUUAACCAAGAUGAGCACGCAGAUGUUUAUGUUAAAGUUGAUGAAAAAGAAUUCGUCAACGCAACACGUGUAAAGACAAACAAUUUAUGGGUGAAUUAUAGUGUUACUAUUAAGCUCGCAAAAGAUAUUGAAAGUGGAGAACACAAUGUUACAAUAUUUGCCAAAGAUAAGAAACAAUGUCCAUCUUUGAUGUCAUCAAAGAAAUUUAAUGUUGCUGAAAAGCUUAUCGAAAAUAAGCCAGGUAUUGUCAAGAAACUUCUACCACUCUGGAUUAUCUUAGCUCUUAUUCUUCUUCUUGUCAUUAUUGCUCUCAUUAUUUUCUUCAUCAUAUAUAACAAAGAUGACAAGCAGGAAGAAGAAGAAGAUGCACCUGAUAAUUACAAGGAUGAAUUAUCUGGUGAUUUAGACUCAGGUGAAACAGUUGAUAUCUCAGAUAACGAUGUUGAUAAGCGUGAAACUGUAUAA